AUGGUGAAAGGCACGAAGAGGAAGGCUGUGAUGGAGAAGAUCACGAAACGUGAAUCUGCGGCAACGACUUACACGAAACGAACAAACGGUCUCCACAGCAAAAUAGCACAGCUCUGUCUUCUCACGGACGCGCAGAUCGCCGUGUUGGCCACUCCUCCUUCUGCCAACUCCAACAGGAAGGCUGUGAUGGAGAAGAUCACGAAACGUGAAUCUGCGGCAACGACUUACACGAAACGAACAAACGGUCUCCACAGCAAAAUAGCACAGCUCUGUCUUCUCACGGACGCGCAGAUCGCCGUGUUGGCCACUCCUCCUUCUGCCAACUCCAACGUAAGCUUCUUCUCCUUCGGUCACACUUCCGUUGACUCCAUCGUUAAGGCUUAUCUCACGGGAGGAAAACCUGUUCGAGAAGAAAGAGAUGAUGAUGAUGAGGACCUUGGGAUUUGUUUUGCGAGAAAAGAAUUAGGGUUACCUCAGUGGUGGGAGAGCGAUCGUCUUCUCACAACUAAGAAUCCCGAGGAACUGAUGCGUGCCAUGAACUCUGUUUUGAGAUUGUUGGCAAAAAUAAAAGCCUUGCGUGCACAAGACGCAUAUAAUCAUCAAGGUGAAGAGCAGCCUCCUCCUCUGAAGAAGAUGAAGAAGAGUAACAACAACGAGACAGUAGAGAAAACAGAACCCACGGAACAAACCCUAGUUCUCCAGUCCGGUUCUAGUGAGGAACGUGUCGAAACCCUAGAAUACAACAAUGUUUUGACAGAUGAGGAGCUUCAGAUCAUGUCUACUUGUGAUAGUCUUUGUGGUCCACACAACAACAACAACGAUUCCUUGGAGAUUGAUUUUGAUCAACUCAUUGAUCUUGAUCUUGAUUUUGAUUUUGAUUUCGAAUCUCUUGAUUCUUCUGACAACAGCGAGACCUUGAAGAUGGCAGGAGAGCCUGUGGAUCAACCUCUCAUUCUCCAAGACAAGAACAACAACAACAACGCCUUUUCAACUGGAGAGAUGAGCUUAGAUUACUCUGAGAUUGAUAUCCAUCAAUUCAGUGAUUUUGACUUGGACACCACUUCAGUGUUCGUUGAUGAUUUGAUUUUGGAGUCUACUAACUCUGCGUUAUUGAACUGGGUACCUUCUGUUGAUGAUGGCUUUGUGGACACUAACAGUAUUCCAGAGCAGUUUCAAGAGACUACCAAUAGUAGUUCUGCAUUGAACUAUUAUGAUGAUGCAUCUGCUUUGAAUGAAGAAGACACCAUCUUCUCUGAUUAUCUCACUCAGCUUCUGCAGUUUUGA